GGCCGGCCCCCCGGGUCUCAGCAAGCCCUGCCCGAGCGAAGUUCAGCCAGCGUUUGUACUGGCCGCGAGCGGUGUUACGGCCUCGCUCCAGUUCCACUCCUGGGAGCCGAACCGCCCCGGCAAUGGCAGCACCGAUCUGCAGCAGACAAUAACUGCGCCACUAACUGCUGCCUUUGUGGGUUCACAUGGCCGUGGAGUUGCAGCUCCCGGCACGGAUUGCCUGGGGCAGCGGCAAGGUGCUGGUGGGGAUUGGUUGGGGGACAACGGCCGCAAGGCGCUCAUCGUGCUAGCACACCCCGAGAAAACCUCUUUCAACCACGCCAUGGCAGCAGCAGCCAGCAGCGCGCUGCGUGACAAGGGCUGGGAAGUCACCAUCUCAGACCUCUAUGCCAUCGGGUUCAAUGCCGUGCUCUCACGGCGCGACAUCACCGGGCCCCCCAAGAAUCCCGAGCACUUUGUCUACGAGAUGGAGAUGGGGCAUGCAUGGAAGGAGGGACGCCUCAGCAGCGACAUCGUCACCGAGCAGAAGAAGAUUGAAGCGGCCGACCUGGUCAUCUUCCAGUUCCCGCUGCAGUGGUUUGGGAUGCCAGCCAUCCUCAAGGGCUGGUUCGACCGCGUUUUCGUCGACGGCUUCGCCUAUUCCUUGGCCAGCAUGUACGACCAGGGGCCCUUCCAGAAGAAAAAAGCCAUGCUGUCACUCACCACCGGCGGGAUGGGCUCCAUGUACAGCCCCAGCGGCAUCAACGGCGACAUGAACGUGCUGCUGUGGCCCAUGCAGCGGGGGACUCUGCACUUCUGCGGCUUCCAGGUUCUGGCGCCCCAGAUUUUCUACAGUGUGCGCUACGCGAGUCCUGAGGCGCGGGCACAGAUGCUGAGUGCAUGGAAGAGCCGCCUGGCAGCCGUGGAGCAGGAGAAGCCCCUCAGCUUCGUCCCCAAUAGCUGCUUCGAGAUGAGCCUGGCCGGCGGCUUCGUUCUGAAGCGCGAGGUGCUGGCGCAGCAGGAGGGGCAGCAGCACGGCCUGUCGGUGGGGCAGCACCUGGGCAAGGCCGUGCCCCUCAACGAGCAGCUCCAGGCCCAGAAGUAGCAGCCAGGGCCUGCGCCCGCACUGAGACCCAGGCCUGGCCUCACAGCACCGCGGCAGGGGGCCGCAAGGGCAGCCCCCACACCUGCACGCACUUGUUUUUCUGUGUUCUCUUUCCUGACAUUUUUCUGUGCAAUUUUAUUCAAAAUCAAGGCUUCGGGGCACAAGGGAAGGGCUUGUGGUUGAGGCCUGCGUGAAUGCAACAAUAAAUUGAGGUCCAGAACCUG